UCUUCCGCCACUUCUACACAACAACAUACACAAGGUCUAUGCACAGACACUCGUAAUCAACAGUGCAUGUUACUACGAAGAUAGAUAACAUCCAUCGCCAACCGACUCAUUGCUUGUACAGCAUUACUUCGCAUCGCCGUACCAUUGGUGGGCUUUCUAGCAUGCAAAAUCACACGCCGAAGGAUUGGCCAGAAGGCACCAAGUAUCUACGUGCCCCUUCAUACUCCAAAAGACUCGCCAAAGAUAAACUGGACACACUCCUACUCUCAAAGACAGGCCAACCGUCAAGAGACCCAGUGUUGACAACAAGAGGCCCUUACGCAAAUGUGAGGAUCACCCCGAUUGCCAACACUUCACAUCCGGCGCAUGGUCAGUAUGGACUUUUCGCCGCACAACAUCUAGCUCCAGAUACGUUCAUACUCCCGUAUUUGGGAUAUGUACAUGAUCAGUCUGAUUUGGACGAAGCAUCAGAUUACGAUCUCUCGCUCGAUCGGGAGUCGGGUAUUGGCGUUGAUGCUUCGAAGAUGGGCAACGAGGCAAGGUUCAUCAACGACUAUCGAGGUAUCUCUGCAGGACCAAACGCCGAAUUCCGUGACGUCCUGGUCGACGUUGGAUUCGAUAUUUUGGAAAAAAGAAUGGGAGUCUUUGUCCUCAGUGCCGGCAAGAGUGGGAAGAGGGUGAAGGGUAUCGGCCGUGGUGAGGAGAUCCUGAUAAGUUACGGGAAAGGUUUUUGGGCUGGGCGUCAUUCAGCAGCAGAAUGAUGGAACGCACAGCAUAUUUGAUCAUCGUCGCGCUGUCAUCAAUAUCUUACCAGCACUACCAGCUGCUGCAUGCUGCGUGCGCCCAGCGCACCAUCAUGCGCUCGGGCCAUGCGUUGCUAUGUAUGACAUGACUGCCCUGCUCACGCUCGAUCGUGCACCAUAUGUCAUUCAAGCUUCAAACAAGAGUUGGUUGCAAGACGACUGCAUGCAUCAGCUGGUAUGAGACGUUUCUGGUCGUACUUGGCGUUUACAACGAGCCUGUCAAGCAACUGACCUGACCCUACGGACAAAUUUUGAUGCAUCAGCGAAGUCAGAAUUACGCCUCCCUGCUCCAAAUUUUCGCCCGAGCUCGUCACUCUUGCGGAACAGUCCUCGCCAAUGCGCCAAUACACAACUCACCAUUCGUUCUGUUCUAGAACACCGCU